AACAGCCUCUCCAUCCCAGAAUAGCCAAACUCCUUCCCUCGCUAGCCAAAUUUGGCCAGCCUACUCCACGUGCCAUUCACUUGCCAUCCGUGGAUCCCAUCACCUCCCAUUCACUUUUCGCGCAACGUGGCGAGGGCAUCGGUGGCGAGGGCGCGGCAACGGCGUGGUGACCGAGGGCGCGGCGACGGCGCCGGUGGCCGCCGGCGAGCCCCAUGACCCCUUCCCUCCUCGCCUUCUCCUCCUCCUCCGCCGCGAGAAGACCGGCGCCUCCCCCUUCGGCGCAACGACGAGGAGCAGCCGCGCCUCCGCGAGCCCCCCGUCGCCUCCCCCUCCGGCGCAACGACGAGGAGCAACCGCGCCUCCACGAGCCCCACCUCGCCUCCCCCUCCUGCGCAACGACGAGGAGCAGCCACGCCGCCGCGAGCUCGCCCCCGCCGCGCGGUCGUUUUACCGCUUCCGGACCGACGACGACGACGUGGUGGACGUGGCCGUCUCCGGGGAGGAUGGGGACGGCGGCGGCGGAGGCGGAGGCGGGAGGGUACGCGGUGUCCGUCGAGGUCCCUGGCGCUCGCGGGCGGGAGGGCGGGCUAGUGCUUCGCGCCUCGGGGUUUGGAGAGGGCGUCCCGCUGGCACCGGCCGCCGGCGGUGGCUCCCUCGCGGCCGAGCUCUCCUUCGACGCGCCCCGCGUGCCCGUCGGCGUCGGGCCGGGAAGCCCAGCGCCGCUCGGCAUGUCCAUCUCAGGCGAUGGCGCCGUCAAUUUUGCGGCAUGGAAAGGGGAAAAAGAAGGAAAGAGAAGAGAGAGAGAGGGGAAGAAGAGUAGAGGCUGACAUGUGGGUCCAUUGUUAUUUUGGAGAGAACUAAUAGAGAGUUUGUUGGUUUGACUAGCCAAAUUAAAUAGAGAGUUAGCUAUAUCGGUGUUUAAAGAGCGUAAUUUGGAGAAGCUGUUGGAUAUGCUCUAAGAAUCAUAUAACGAAGGUAUAUUGGGGUGUACGGUGCAGCAAAAUGGUUGUAUAAUAAAUUAAUAGAACAUGAUGCGGCUCAUUUUGCUCACAAAUGGGAACAGCAUAAUUUUAAAUUUA